GUACGUUUUGUNUGUUUUGCCGUUGGAGUCCAACGACGAGGCCGAUCUGGACCCGCGAAUGAGAGAAGGGACGCCCAGUAUGAUGGAAAUACCCCGCGUUUUCGUUCUUUCGGUCUUUUUUUCAAUGCUCCGUAUCGGACCCAACGAGUGUGCGGUACACCUUUCGUCGCAAUUUCGUCGACACUGUGUGUACCAGAAAGUCUCUGACAGUGUCGGGUUCCCUUGAAGACGCUGCUGCUGGACUUCAGUGACAGACCAGCCCGUGAACCAGUCUCUCGCUACGAGGACUUUUUGUUUUCGAAAGGGAAACUCCCUGGUGGGAGUYUGCUUGAGUUCUAUGACGUUGCCAGUUGUGGAAAGGUGACAAUUCAAAACGCUGGCAUCCAUGGCUGGAUCCGUAUGCCCAGAACAAUGGCGUAUUACACGAACAGACAGAGUGCUACAGGGGGUACCUUCCCAAGAAAUGGGCAGGGCUUUGCACUUGAUGCUGUAAGGGCGGCACUUGCACAAGGUGUGGUUUUUAACAGCGAUCUUGAUGUGAACGGCGAUGGUGUGGUCGAUGGGCUGUUGCUGGUUCAUGCUGGACCCGGCGCGGAAACUCUGCGUGGGGCGGCUCAACAGAACAACAUCUGGUCCCACAAGUGGGAGAUUCCUACCGCGGUCGACGUCGGGAGAGGCACUCGCAUUUCCACGUACCUGACGGUCCCCGAAGACGGAACUUUGGGAGUGCUUGCCCACGAGCUAGGGCACCUUUUGUUCCAGUGGGACGACUUCUAUGAUCCCAACUAUGAUGCGGAUGGCAAGUACUGGGAUGGAAGCGGGAACUGGGAUCUCAUGGCGAGUGGAUCCUACAACGGAGAUGCCAACUACCCAUCCCUCCCYGCAGCUAUCCACUGUGCGCAGCAUAAGUGGACGAGCACUCAGGAGAUCACCACGACGACCCGCGGUGUKGUCAUUAAGCCUCGCACCCCCCAGGUUAGUCAGGUGAUACGAGUGAUCUCUCCGACCUACACAAGAUCUCAAACACUUAUACUCGAGAAUCGGAGCAUGACUGUCGGGACCAUUUACUGUAAAAAAGGCCCUGGGGAGGGUCUUCUGGUCUGGAAGGUGGACACCAGCAAGGAGCAGGAUGCUCCUGAGGAGCCGGCCCUGUCCCUCGUUGAGGCCGACGGGCGGCGUGACCUGUUCACUGUGACCAUGAUGAACAACGCCGGUGAUGCGAGCGACCCGUUUCCUGGGACCAAGUCUGUAACCACCGUCAGCGACACSGGGCCUACUUCGACAACCUUCCCCGGUGCUAGAGACCCGAGCGGUAUCRUUCUGCAGAAUAUUGUUCAGAACAAGGCCACAGGGGACAUCACUUUGGAUAUAGUUAUCAACUUUUUUGGGACGGCACGGCUGUGAAAAAACUCUUCACCAGACUUUACUGAUAAUUGUCGCCAGCUUUCUGAGAAUUCAAAGCUUAUUUAAUUAACGCAAUGCCCCUCUAGAAGCUUAUUACUUACUGUACAGAGGGGGUUGGCAAUGCAGCUAUGCUCUCUUUUCCUUCUUUUCUCUUUUUUUUUGUUUUUUGGCAUGCUGGAAAGUACCUACACAGGACAUAGCUCUGGUUAAUCCAACCAGAGGUUUUACUGCCUGCCAUAGGCAGAAAAAGUCUGGAGCUAAACCAGGCGUACAAGGCACAGAAUAUGGAGCCUAACCAUCCUGUAGCUAUAAUUCCAAAGUGCUAGGUAUGGGAUCUCCUUAUCCCUAAAGGUCCUCCUCAAUAAUGCUGAGUCAACAAGUUACCCUUUUCUGAACAAAGUAUUAUCUCCUUAUCCUACCUCCAUGCCGCUGCACAUAUUCAGCUGGGCUAAUAUAUACCUUCCCUCUAGACCACCAGUACCUUUCCCAUAUACCGGCUGCGGGAAAAAAUGGAGUAGAGGCACUUCUAGUCGGGUGAAUCUGGCCACUCCAGUAGUGGGCUGUUCGUCCAUGAUCAUUGUCACUACUUGUUAACCGACGCAACUUUUGGAGGCACCGGUGGUUUGAUCUUCCUCAAACCAAGCAGCAAGUUCCGCUUCAAUUAGACAUUUUCCUUGCAAGGCRCAAYGGAUCAGYGAAAUCUGACAUUGGCUCCACUGAGGAGGGAGCAAUCUCAGUGUUAUUUGAGAAGGAAAGCCGGGGGAGUCUGCARCCCAGCUAAAUUUUCAUCUGAUUCAAUAUUUGUUAUCAUUCUGUGCUCAGUCUGGAUUUUUGCUCAAAAUUCAAACU